CUAGACACGUCAACAAUCUCGGGGGACUGGGGCUGGAUGACUUAUCCCUCGCACGGGUGGGAUUCAAUCAAUGAAAUGGAUGAAUUUUUCAGCCCCAUCCACACCUAUCAGGUCUGUAAUGUCAUGACCCCCAACCAGAACAACUGGCUACGGACCAACUGGGUUCAACGGGAUGGUGCGCGGCGGGUCUAUGCAGAGAUUAAAUUCACCCUGCGGGACUGUAACAGCAUGCCAGGCGUGCUGGGCACCUGCAAGGAGACUUUCAACCUUUACUACCUGGAGUCCGACCGGGACCUGGGCACCAGCACCCGGGAGAGCCAGUUUCUGAAGAUUGACACCAUCGCAGCUGAUGAGAGCUUCACCAACGUGGACCUGGGGGUGAGGCGCCUGAAGCUGAACACAGAGGUCCGGGGUGUGGGGCCACUGAGCAAAAGGGGCUUCUACUUGGCCUUCCAGGACAUAGGCGCUUGCAUCGCCAUCGUUUCGGUGCGGGUGUACUACAAGAAGUGCCCGGCAAUGGUGAGGAACUUGGCGUCCUUCUCUGAGGCUGUGACUGGGGCAGACUCGUCCUCCUUGGUGGAAGUGCGGGGAGAGUGUGUGGGCCAUUCAGAGGAGAGGGACACCCCCAAAAUGUACUGCAGUGCCGAGGGAGAAUGGUUGGUGCCCAUUGGGAAGUGCGUGUGCAGUGCUGGCUACGAAGAGCAGCGGGAUUCCUGCAUGGCCUGCCAGCUGGGAUUUUACAAGUCAGCCCCUGGGGACCAGCUGUGUGCAAAGUGCCCCUUGCACAGCCAUUCGGAGAGCCGGGCAGCCCACGUGUGCCGCUGCGACAGCAGCUUCUACAGGGCAGUGCAGGACCCCCCCUCAGCUGCCUGCACACGGCCCCCCUCUGCUCCUGUGAACCUGAUCUCCAGUGUCAAUGGCACUUCGGUGACACUGGAGUGGGGCCCGCCCCUGGACAAGGGGGGACGUGCUGACAUCGUGUACAACGUGGUCUGCAGGCGCUGCGUGGGGGAUGCUGGCCAGUGCGAGGCGUGCGGCAGCGGGAUCCGCUUCAUGCCCCAGCAGAUGAGCCUGGUGCAGGGAGCGCUGACAGUAACCAACCUCCUGGCCCACACAAACUACUCCUUUUGGGUGGAGGCCGUCAAUGGUGUGUCUGACCUCAGCCUGGAGUCCAGGAGAGCUGCAGUGGCCAACAUCACGACAAACCAGGCAGCCCCAUCCCAGGUAGUGGUGAUCCACCAGGAGAGCACGGGCCAGAACAGCGUCACUUUGCUGUGGCAAGAGCCAGACCAGCCCAACGGCAUCAUCCUGGAAUAUGAGAUCAAGUACUACGAGAAGGACAAGGAAAUGCAGAGCUAUUCGACUCUGAAAUCCAAGGGCACCACUGCCACCAUCUCUGGGCUCAAGCCUGCAACCCGCUACAUUUUCCAGGUUCGGGCUCGCACCUCCGCUGGCUGCGGAAGGUUCAGUCAGACUGUGGAGGUGGAAACGGGGAAGCCAGUCUCUCUCCGGUACGACACGAUGACAAUUGUCUGGAUCUGCCUGACACUCAUCACUGGCCUUGUAGCAUUGCUGGUGGCCCUAAUCUGCAAGAAGAGGCACUGCGGGUACAGCAAGGCUUUCCAGGACUCUGACGAGGAGAAGAUGCAUUAUCAGAACGGGCAAGUGAAGUUCCCUGAGUCAAAGUUCUAUGUGGACCCCCACACGUAUGAGGACCCCUGCCAAGCCGUGCACGAGUUCACCCGUGAAAUUGAGGCAUCCCGGAUCAAGAUAGAGAAGGUCAUUGGGUCUGGGGAGUCCGGAGAGGUGUGCUACGGCCGCCUGAAGCUGCCAGGGAAGAGGGAGAUUCCUGUGGCCAUCAAGGCACUGAAAGCAGGCUACACUGAGAAGCAGAGAAGGGACUUCCUGAGCGAAGCCAGCAUCAUGGCGCAGUUCGACCACCCCAACGUCAUCCACCUGGAGGGGGUGGUGACCAGGAGCAAAUUGGUAAUGAUUGUUACUGAGUACAUGGAGAAUGGCUCGCUAGACACCUUCCUCAGAAAACACGAUGGGCAGUUCACCAUCAUCCAGCUGGUGGGCAUGUUGCGUGGCAUUGGCGCGGGCAUGAAGUAUCUGUCUGACCUGGGCUACGUGCACCGGGACCUGGCUGCCCGCAACAUCCUGGUGAACAGCAACCUGGUCUGCAAAGUGUCUGACUUUGGCCUCUCCCGCAUCCUGGAGGAUGACCCUGAUGCUGCGUACACUACCACGGGGGGGAAGAUCCCUAUUCGCUGGACGGCUCCGGAGGCCAUCGCAUACCGCAAGUUCUCCUCAGCCAGUGAUGUGUGGAGCUACGGCAUUGUCAUGUGGGAGGUGCUGGCUUACGGCGAGCGCCCGUACUGGAACAUGACCAACCGGGAUGUCAUUAACUCAGUGGAAGAAGGCUACCGCCUGCCUGCCCCCAUGGGCUGCCCCACAGCCCUGCACCAGCUCAUGCUCAAUUGCUGGCAGAAAGACCGCAGCGAGAGGCCACGCUUCUCCCAGAUUGUCGGCAUCCUGGACAAGCUGAUCCGCAACCCUGACAACUUGAAGUGUACAGCCACCGUGACCAGGUUCACCCAAACACCCUUCGAUAGGGGACUCCUCGACCUGGCCAGCUGCCUGACAGUGGAGGACUGGCUGGACUCCAUCCGGCUCGGGCACUACCGGGACAACUUUGCCAUGGCAGGUUACUCCUCCCUGGGCAUGGUGAUGCGCAUGAACAUCGAGGAUGUUCGGAGUCUGGGCAUCACCAUGAUGGGCCACCAGAAGAAGAUCUUGAACAGCAUCCAGACCAUGCGGUCCCAGCUGCUGAACACACAUGGCCCCAGGAGGCAUCUCUGAUCACCAGCUUUGCAGACCCGCGUUGGGCAUUCCUUAACACUUACCCUGGCAAAGGGGCAGCAGGGUGGUGAGCAGGAAGACAGGCACCAGACCAGGACCUGGAGCCCUGCCAGUAUCUCUUUGUUUUCAGCAUCAGUGGAAACGUGGCUUUCCAGAUACCUCGAUGGUCCUGCUGCCUCCUUCCCCCAGCUGAAGGGGGGAGCAGCCUUCCAAGAGGGCUAGGGACAAGUCACGCUCUCUCCAUCUUCUACUGUGUCCCUGUGGGACUUGGGGUCCCCACACAACUAUGCAGGACAGGUGGUAACCCCUUCACACGGUGGGAUGGCCCCAGAUGCACCUGCAGAUGGAGGCGUACCAGGUGCAACAGCAAUACCAGGAGCAGUGGGACUGGGCUUGCCACAGCACACGGCUUCUUUGGACCUGACAGCUGUGGAGUCCGUUGGAUCUCUGAACUAUGGAGGGCCCCACAGGCUGCCACAUGGCAGAGACAACCCUGCACCCCACUACCUCCCGGUUCCAGUGUACUCCAGCCUGGACCUCGCAUGCGGGUGACUUCAUGGUCCACCCCCACCAAGCUCAGAAAGGCAGGGGACAGAGUACAAGCUGGCAGUGCCAGAAACGGCUGGCUCUGCAUGCAGAAGAGAGUCCCCCAGCAUGGAGGUGAGGUGGCCAGGGUCUGCUGUCUGGAGCCUCAAGAAGCCCCAGGAUGCUGCCAGAGACUCUCUGUCUCUUGAAGCCACCAGCACUGCUCCUCUCCAGAUCCAGAACAAGCAUCCUAGGGCAGGCCAGGCACUUUUUCUAGGGACACAAGCUCAGGUUUCUCCCCAGCAGAACAACCAUCCUGGCCUCCCCUAAAGCUGUACCAGAGCAGAGGAGAGUGGGAGUUUGCUUCCAUCUCACAUGAUGGAGGGACAGAGAGACUUUUGCCAAACUCUUCUUUGUUCUUAUAUUGCCCUAGAGAAACCCAAGAGCUGUCCCAUUACUAUGCUACCUGCUUAUGCCCAGGGCUGCUGUGUCAUCUGCAGAGAAGGGGUCCUGAGCAAUAUUUCCAGCUGCAGUUACACAGUCCUAUGGCUGGGGACAGGGGUUCUGGGCAAAGAGGGUCUUCAGCACCACCCACCUGGUGAGCCCAGUGACUAGGGGGAUUGGCCUUUCCUCCACAGCUCUCCUCUCCCCCACAGGAGCAUCUGUUUCGGUGAGC